AUGACAACUCAAGCCCGCAACCUCUUCCACCACCUACCUCCGCCAGCGGAAUGCCUCGCGCUCUUCAUCGCAACCCUCGAGAUCGUCCCUUUCGGGAUAAUAGGUCUACGCAACCCCUCCUUCUUCGCUGAUGGCUAUGGUCUACCCAUCUCAGCCGAAUCCGACACAUCACCCGCAUCUGCGAAACGCUCCAGCAAUACCGAAAGCACCUACGAUGAGGAUCAGAAUACCAAGAAAGCCCUGGUUGCAGCAAUAGCAGCGCGCAACGUUCAGAACGGUGUCCUGCUGGCAGUCUUUGGUCUGGUACUGCGAGACAGGAGGAGCUUGGGAGUUGCGGUCAUGGCGGGAUUAGUCGCAACCGUUGCGGAUACGGUGAUUGUCAGCGCGUAUGGAGCGAAGGACAAGAUCGCGGGUCACUACGUUGGCAUCUUCAACAGCUUGGCGAUUGGGGGAAGUUUGCUAUACUGGGGAAGGAACGACCCGCUGUGGUAA